AUGGUUCCUCACAAUCGGGAUCUUUCUCGAUCGUUCGUUCGUGUCUUUGGAAGGCUUUUACAUAAAGCAGACUCGAGCUCUGAGGCUAGAGAAGAUACGUUCAUGGAUACUUGCGAUCUAUCGGCUCAAGGAUGUCUGGUUGACCACUGCUCGUCCGAGGAUUUACCCCCCUAUUCUCCCUUGUCUUCAGCUCGGGAGAAACAUGAUGCUCAGGGCACACAAGGACGUCAGACAGAAGGCAUUCCUCUGAAGCGGAAAAGCCAUUUCAGCGAUUUCUAUGCCCCUCCAAAGUAUGCUCGGUCUUUGGAGUCGCCUCAUAAUAGCUCUUUUGAUGUCGAGACUUUCCACGAAACACUUUGUUACGAUGUUUCAGGUUCAACACCACAGUUCACAGAUACUUUGGCGCAGAAUAAGGAUGAUGUCUCUAUCUUGCUAAAAACGUUUCGUGGCCUCUUUCCCGACUUGCAUCUACAAGACAAACUUGCCAAUGUGGAUCCGAUCACCGUCCAGGCUAUUGCAGAUGUCCUUUGCGAGCAUGGUUAUAUAAACGAACGAUCGCUCAAGGUUUUGUGCUAUACAUCCGUCGAGCGCAUUAUCCUUGCUCCAUCCAUGUCCGACGAAAAUGGCCUCAAUCUUGCCAGGGAUGGCAUAUACUCUGGUAUUUCUUCCUCAAAGCUCGUUGUUCAACGCCGUAACAAUGUUCUAGUCUUCAGGCACACCGAUGGGUUCCAGACUUUGACUGAGCUCUCUUUUGCCGGUAUCCGUAUCAAUGAUUCCGACAUUCAACAUAUUCAACGUUUGCCAAGGCUCUCGAUCCUCCAUUUAAACGAGGUUGGCAUUGGGAACGAAGGCGUAUUUCUUUUGGUUUCUCUCAAACAUACUCUUACAAAACUCUUUCUGACGGCCAACCACGAGGUUAACAACGAUGCUGUUCCUGCUCUGCUCUGCCUCAAUAACCUGGUCUUUCUGUCUAUUCUGGACACUGGUAUUGAUAUGGUUGGAUUACGGCGUUUGGCUGGACAUAUGCACAAGGAAGACCACGUCAUGGAUAUCGAAAUACCCUUCUCCUGUGAAGCAUACGUUGACAACAUCGCUUCUCAGUAUCUCUUGCAUCCCAUACCACCAUUGAUCACAAACCCGCAUAUAUGCAGUCAUCUAUCGUCUGCGGCCCUCAAACGCAACCUCGAGGCCCAUGCAGCGCGAAAUUCCUCGAUCGUCGCCUCUGGUACACGCCUUGAAAUGAUCGAAAGGUUGACUAAAAUCCUGGAGACUAGGUUGCUUGACCUUCUGGUUGUUGAAAUGCUUGAUGGCGGCUGCUAA